AUGAGUGAGCUUGAAUCUAAAGAUUACAGUGCUGAUGGUCUUACAUUAUUAUUAUCAGUAUCAAGUAAGUCACCAAAUAUUAUUAUUUCAUCGAAAUGUGAAACAAUCUUUGGAAGUGAUCAAAAUAAUUAUGCAUUCAGAAUUGCCAAAGAUAUUGUUGAAACAUUUGCAUUUCAAAACAAUCCAAAUCUCAGAUAUAUCAAUAAUUAUGCAUUCCACAGUUGUACAAAAUUACGUUCUGUUGAUUUAUCAAUGUGUACAAAACUCGAAAAGUUAGGAAGUUUUUCAUUCUCUAAAUGUCUGUCCGUUACAACAUUCAUUUUACCAGAAGGAUUAAAAGUAAUUGGAUAUUGCGCUAUCAGUGAGCUAAGUAUUACAACAAUCAACAUUCCAUCAUCAGUUACAUAUAUUAGUGAUUUUGGAGUUAGCAAUAUGAGAUCUUUAAAGAAUGUCACGUUCUCUAAAGGAUCACGACUUACCAUCUUGAUGUUUAAUACAUUUAUUACAACAGGAUUGACAACAUUUACUAUUCCAGAAAAAAUAUCUUCAUUAAAUGGGCUAACCUUCAGUGAUUGUGCUUCAAUGGAAACAAUAUACUUAGAUCCUUUGAAUAAUAACUUUUAUUGUGAUCGAAAUAUAGCAAUUUAUUCAUCUGAUAAAACUAAGAUUAUUUAUUGUUGUGCAAACUGUAGUGAAAGUUAUACUGUUUUAUCAUCAACAAUAACCAUAACAAGUGGUGCAUUCACGAAAUCCAGUUUGAAAAAUAUUUAUCUCCCAGAUGGUAUUACAUCUAUUCAAAAUUAUGCAUUUACUGAUUCGGCAUUAACAAGAAUUACUCUUCCUAAAAAACUUGUCAAUAUUUCAAAAAAUACAUUUCAAAGAUCAGGAUUAACAUCCAUAAUCAUUCCAGAUUCAGUUGAAUUAAUUGAUGAUAAUGCAUUUGAUGGAUGUAGAAAACUCAAAACAAUUGUUUUACCAUCAUCUCUGAAAUCAAUUGGAGGAGGUGCCUUACCUAAUUAUAAUGAUGUCAACAUCACAUUUGCUAAUAAUACAAAUCUUUUCUUAGAUAAACAAUACAUAUUAUAUUCAGAUAAAAAUACAACAAUCUCACAAUUCUUAGGUUCAUUAAGCGAGCUAACAAUUCCAAAUAUUGUCACGAUCAUCAAAACAGGAUCAUUCAAAUGGAAUACAUAUAUUAGCUCAAUUUCAUUUUCAGGUGAAUCCAAUCUUCAAUACAUUGAGUACGAUGCAUUCAAAGGUUGCACAAAUCUAAGGAAAUUUGAUUUUGGUAGUAAAAUUGUUGAAAUUCAAUAUAAUGCUUUUGAAAACACUAUUUUGGAUAGUGAGAUUUCAUUUCCGGAUACAUUAAAAUUAAUUGGUGAUUCAGCAUUCAAGAAUUGUAAAUUCAUUCCUUCGAUUAUAUUUGAAUCAUUAUCUUCAUUCUAUAACAAACAAAGUUAUGAAUUAUACAAACAAUUAUAUUCGAAUUAUCCAUUGACUAUCAGAAACGAUGCUUUUUCUUCAUGUUCAUCCAUAUGUGAGAUUGUUAUUUAUCGUGAAACAAGUAUUUCACUUGGCCAAAACACAUUCAUUGGUUUGAUAUCAUUGACUCGCUUUACAUUUUGUGACAUUUUGUGA